AUGGGAGGAGAGUACAGCCGAGGGGGAGGGUGGAGGCCUUGGGGUUCCCAAGGCGGCUCUGUGCUCUGUUGCUGUCCAGAAAAGAGUCUUCAAGAGACGCCGUUAGGUUUCUGCAAUAUCAGUGGACGGAGAAACACCCCGUGCCUUGGGCGUCAGGAUCCUACGUAUUUAGACAUGGCCUACUUUCCUGACAACGACCUGCACAUGGCAGCCUGUGCGGGAGAUCUACCUUUUGUGCGGUUGUACUUCACUCUGGGGAAAUAUGAAGUCAAUCACAGAGACAAGGAGAAUAGGAAUGCCCUGCACUUUGCCUGCUUCUACGGACAUCUAGAAUUGGUGAUUUACCUCUGGAGGCGUGGCUGUGAGAUUAAUGCGUGUGACAAUCAUAACAUCACACCCCUGAUGAAGGCUGUCCAAAGCUGGGAAGAGGAAAUUGUGUAUUUUCUGCUAGAGCAUCAUGCUAACCCGCACAUUAAGACAGCAAUGAAACCUGCUUUCCACUAUGCAGUCUAUGCCGGGAAGCCAGCAAUAGCUGCCAGGCUACUACAUUAUGGAGCAAAUAUUGAGGAAAGAACAAAAGAUAACCUCACACCACUAUUGCUUGCUCUCAGGGAAAACAGACUGAAUAUGGCGCAGUUCUUAGUAAGGACGGAAGCCAGUGUGCAUGCGGUUGACUCUCAGAGAAGAAACUCUCUCAUGUAUGCUGUAAGAUGUGACUCUCCAGUUAUGGUCAACCUUCUUCUUCAACAAGGUGUCGACAUCAAUUUUAAAGAUUUGUUUGGAUGGACUGCUUUACGUUAUGCUAUUGAAGGUGAUCGUGAGGUGUAA